UUUAAUCGCCUGGAAAUAACAUACUGUCAUCAUGUCUUACAUGCUUCAACAUCUUCACAAUGGCUGGCAGGUCGACCAGGCCAUAUUAGCAGAGGAGGAUCGCGUAGUGGUGAUAAGAUUUGGACACGAUUGGGACCCGUCUUGUAUGGUGAUGGAUGAAACUCUGUACAAGUGUGCUGAAAAAAUGAAAAACUUUGCUGUGGUUUACUUAGUGGAUAUUUCAGAAGUACCAGACUUCAACAAAAUGUAUGAAUUGUAUGACCCUUGCACCAUAAUGUUUUUCUAUAGAAACAAACACAUCAUGAUAGACUUGGGAACUGGUAACAACAAUAAAAUAAACUGGUCAAUGGAGGAUGUGCAGGAAUUCAUUGACAUUGUGGAAACGGUAUUUAGAGGAGCAAGAAAGGGAAGAGGUCUGGUGAUAUCACCCAAAGACUACUCAACAAAAUACAGAUACUGAUGGUCAUUCAUUUUAUCAUUUCAUGAAUCAUUCAAGGACCGUGUCAUUGAAAGUAGAUCAGAAUUGAUACUGUCUUGUACCCUGUACAAACAUUGCAUUUGUGUUGUAUGAUUUUACUUUCCUAAAAAAUGAAUCUAUAUUUUAUAUAAAGUUUAUUGCAGAUA